AUGAGGAGUGUAUGUAUAGUGGGCGCAGGUCCUGCAGGCCUCGUCGCCGCGAAGACAUUUUUACAUAAAGGCGGCUAUUCUGUCACUAUCUUCGAAGCAGCGAGCCGUGUGGGUGGCAUGUGGAGAUCCCAGCCUGGCGAAUUCGGCGAGAAGUGUGAUCCGGAUAUGAGAACAAAUCUCAGCAGAUUCACGGUCGCCUUUGCAGAUCUUUCCUGGUCUUCAGUCGACCUUUCGGACCCGCAUACAGGGCCCUGUUCCCCUGCUCCUCCUCCAAUGUUUCCCAAGGCUUGGCAAGUUGGCCGGUAUUUGGAGGCGUAUGCACAGAGAUUCGAUGUCAAGUCUAACAUUAUGUUUAACACGAGUGUUACUCAAGCAAAGCUACUUGAAGACCUAAGGACGUGGGAAGUUACUUGUGUAGACAACGUGACGCUGCAGGAAAGCACGGAGAGGUAUGACUAUCUAAUUGUUGCAACUGGUUUCUUUGGCGAACCUGGCGCCUCCUUCGACCCCUCUCGCACAAAAAAUCAAUCAAACAUUCAGCAUUCAUCAAGGUUCCGAGAUUUGUCCUCGCUCACAACCAAGCCUGGCAAAAUUGUAGUCAUCGGGGGCAGUAUCAGCGGAUCUGAGGCCGCCGCACAAGCUGCGUUCCAGAUAUCCAGCGCCAGAACAUCGCCCGGAGAUAAAAAAGCAACUCACGCUGAAAGCAGAGUCUAUCAUAUCCUCAGUCGACCUUUUUACAGUCUCCCUCGAUACCUCCCCCAGAACUCAAAUAACGCCGAAGGUCACGACUUCAGCCUCGCCCCGAAAUUUCUCCCACUAGAUCUCGUUCUCUACAAUCUCUCGCGACGAGGCAAAGGCGAUAUAUCGGCAGCCAUUACGACGGUUCCUCCCGAAAAGGCAAAGAAAGGACAUGAGUUCAUGCGUUCGCUUAUCGGUGGGACCCAAAGAGAGACUGGAAUUGCAGAGGUCGCGUAUAAGCCGCAUCAAAUGCAGUAUCCUGCAUACACCGGCAUCACAGAUACGUACUCUGAAUUUGUCAGGAGCGGCAUCAUCAUCCCCGUGCAAGGCUGGGUAGAAGAGAUCAAGCAGCGAGGAAACAGCACCUCACUCGACAUCACCUUCAAGCAUUAUGAACCUUGGUCUAAUGCAUCUCCCACCGAAUCCCGGGACAGCAGCAAGAUUACCGACGUGACGGGUGUCGUAGAAGCGACGGGCUACAAGACGAACCUUGAUUUCCUCGACGCCCAGAUCAAAAACCGCCUCCACUACGAUCCUACCUGCCCACGCGUCCCAUUCCUACUCACGCGCGGGUCGAUUCUUGCCCCUGAAGUACCAACCCUUGGGUUUGUAGGAUUUUACGAGGGCCCAUACUGGUCUGUUAUGGAGAUGCAAUCAAGAUUCAUGGCGGAGACAUGGUCUAAAAUCCAGCCGACCCCAGGAUGUCUCCCAGAACGCGAGGUCUAUCAGUACAAGGACGCGGCACGAAUGCGACAAGCGAUCAAGGAGAGAUCACUACAAGUGCCUCAGUUCUGGAUGAUGGACUUCGUUGGCCUUGUGGAAGAAUUUGCAAGAAGCACGGGCGUCACACGCGACGACUCUGCGUUUGGUGGUCAGUCUGGGCCUGCAUUUGCAUCGCGAUAUCAGGGGAGCAAAACUGACUCGGAAGCUGCAAUGGUGGUCAAGGAAGUUGCAGAUCUGGUCAGAAGGUCGAACAAUGAGGCAAAAUUCGUUGCAGCAGCAGUUUUCAGAGGCAUGCAAGGCGUAUGGACGGUACACCGCAAAAUCGACUCCCACAACGCCACCUCGCCAGGUGGCAACUUCUCCGGCAGCGUCAACUUCCACCCACGCAGCCCCACUUCACUCAACUACUCCGCCGAGUAUCUCUACAUCGAAGAAGGAACCUUCAGAAUGGACUCCGGCUACUCUGUCCCAGCGACACGCCGCUACAUCUACCGGUACAAUGAGAAGACGGACAAGAUCACUGCAUGGUUCGCAGACGAGGAUGGCGAGUCAGUCGGUACGCUUUUCAAUACGUGGAACUUUUAUGUACCGGAUGAUGCAUAUCAUGGGUGGAUGGCGAAGGGACAUCAUUGGUGCGAUCCGGAUACUUACACGAACAUCUGCGAGUUCAGAUUUUCUGGUGCGAGCUUGCAGACGUUCGGUAUCACAUACCAAGUUACCGGGCCUAAGAAAGACUACAGUCAUGAAAGCUGGUACGAGCGACCGUAG